AUGGGGGCAGUACCUGCCUAUCUGUUGGACAGAGAGGGGCAGUCCCGAGCUAAAGUACUUUCCAACAUGAUUAAACAAAAACGCAAAGAGAAAGCGGGAAAAUGGGAAGUCCCUCUCCCCAAAGUUCGUGCCCAGGGCGAAACAGAAGUACUGAAAGUUAUUCGAACAGGAAAGAGAAAAAAGAAAGCCUGGAAGAGGAUGGUUACUAAAGUGUGCUUUGUUGGAGAUGGUUUUACACGAAAACCACCGAAAUAUGAAAGAUUCAUCAGACCAAUGGGCUUACGGUUUAAGAAGGCACAUGUAACACAUCCUGAACUUAAAGCCACAUUUUGCCUGCCAAUACUUGGUGUAAAAAAGAAUCCUUCAUCCCCACUGUAUACAACUUUAGGUGUUAUUACCAAAGGUACCGUCAUUGAGGUGAACGUGAGUGAGAUAGGCCUUGUGACACAAGGAGGCAAGGUUAUUUGGGGGAAAUAUGCCCAGGUUACCAACAAUCCUGAAAAUGAUGGCUGCAUAAAUGCUGUCUUACUGGUCUAA